UCAUAUCCUCGAAAACCAACCGUUCGUGUCGCCAUGUCGUGUUUUACGGAAACUUUAAUGGACUUUCCAACCUUCGUAGAGAUUUGCUAGCCCAAAUGAUCCCUAGUUGGGCCCCUUGCUCUGAGGGAUUACUCCCAAGCCCAAAAGCCGGAGUCCCACUCCGCAGGCACAGGCAGUCACUGGCGGUCUUGUCUUGUCCAGAAGUUAGAAGCCGACAAUUUUGAGCGGAAGGAAAGGGAGCCUGAGAUUGCCGAAAAUGGAGAUUGAACCCAAGAGGAGGAAGCUGGAGUCCCCAUCGAAUCGAGGUGUUCCUCUGAUAUCUCAGGCGAAUAAAGAAGCAGCUGGCAAAGCAUCAGAUGGCUCUAGUGUCUGGCAACCCCCUUCAGGCGAGGCCCAUAUGAGGAUUCAGCAAGCUAAGAAUUUCGCGGUCAUUCAAGCACAACAAGAUGGUUCUAAAGGGAACUACAGAAUCUUCGAUUCGCCUUUUGAAGCAUUUUUUGAAGGUUCUCUCCAUAUUAUUGAGCUCAUGAACAACCAUUCCCUAGAUGGCACACGCAUAAUGAAACGCCUGCAUCGGUAUUGCCACACGUAUUGUAAUGGGACCGUCCUCAGUUGGAUGAUGGAUCCCACCAAAAGGAAAGAUAGAUUAAUCCAAGAGAGAGGCCAGCUCGUAGAUCUGCCCUGUACAGCAGAGCUCAGAAGUUCUUGAUCCGCUCCCUUAAUUUCCCUCGAGAAAACGGGGGAUUUUCCGACAAGAUCGGUCUGCUUUCCGGUCAGUGCUUUGCUUUCCUUAAAAAGCAUCCCAUUUGGUGUCCCUAGUCCUCUCUCUCCAAUUU